AUGGCUACGGCGGACCAUCUCGCGGUCCUCGUGCAUGGAUUCUGGGGGAAUCCGAGCCACUUGAAGCACCUGCAAGAAACCCUCCAAAAACGACACUCGGCCGAUCGCCUCCACAUUCUCGUAGCGAAGUCCAACUCCAACAACCACACAUACGACGGGAUCGAAGUAGGAGGCGAACGCAUAGCGAACGAGGUCGAGGAAAAGAUUGCAGAACUGGAGGAGAACGGAACCACGAUCAAGAAGAUCAGCAUUACAGGCUACUCGCUGGGUGGCCUCAUAUCCCGCUAUGCCAUCGGUUUGAUGUACAAUAGCGGACUGUUCGACAGGAUACAACCGAUGAACUUCUCAACAUUCGCUUCACCACACAUUGGAAUCCGAGCACAUAAAGGCGGGAUACGAUCCGAGUUGUGGAAUUAUAUGGGCGCGAGGGUGUUGAGCACAUCCGGCCAGCAGAUGUUUCUGAUCGACACAUUUCGAGACACGGGCAAACCGCUGCUCUCUAUCAUGGCCGACCCGGACAAAGUCUUUAUCAAAGGUCUCCGCAUGUUCAAGCACAAAUGGGUCUACGCCAAUACGCUCAACGACCGCAGCGUGCCAUUCUACACCGCGCUCUUCAGCCGCACCGAUCCCUUCGUCGCUCUCGACAAGAUCCAGGUACAUUACCUAAAAGACCAACCGGCCCCAGGCGAAGUCAUCCUCGAUCCCUCGCACUACGUCUCGCCCCGACUCUCUAAACCCGAAGACUCGUCCCUCUACAACCGCUUCCAACUCAUCGAUAGGAAAACGUUCUCCAACCUCCCCUUUUACAUGUUCAUCAUCGUCGCCAUACCCCUCGCACUGCCCGUCUUCAUGAUCAACUCCGGCUAUCAAACAUACCAAUCCGCACAACGAAUUCGCCACCACGAAUCUGGCGGGGCGUUCAGUCUGGACCGUUAUCGCGCGAAACUCUUCGAACAGGCGCAAGCCGUGCAGGACAGGACAUACGAGCGCGCGGCCACAUCGCAAGCAGAGGACUAUCUUCCCACACCACCUCCCGAGUCCGCACGGGAAAGUUCACGCUCAAGUUCGGAAGACACGAAAGAUGCCGAGCUUGCCCGUCGGGAAAGCUCGAAGAAGGAAACCGAUUUCCCGCUCCUCGCAUUGACGAAAGAGCAAUUCGAAAUGAUCGAUGUCUUAGACUCGGUGGGCUUCGUUAAAUAUCCGGUGCACAUCCAGAAACAUCGACAUACGCAUGCGGCGAUUGUGGUGCGGAUCAACAAGGCGAGCUUUGACGAGGGAAAGGUGAUUAGUGAGCAUUGGGCGGGCAAAUUCGAGAUUUAA